AUGUACGGGCAUGAGGAGUGUGAUACCGACACUCGGAGACCCGACUCCCAUCAGUCAAACCCCCAUGGAGCAGACCACCACCAUUCAGACCACCACCGGCCAGACCCGAUUGACCAGGGCCACUGGGAGGAUGAUGAGUUGGAAGAUGGGGAGGAGGAGGAGCAGGUGGAGCAUCGGCAGGGGUACGCGCGCACACAUGGGGAGAGCAGCAGAGACCGGCCGGGGAGUGGGCAUGGGCGUGGGGGCGGGCAUGGGAGGGAGCGUGGGGGCGGGCAUGGGAGGGAGCGGGGGAGGGAGAGGGGACAUGCAAGGGAGCCUUCACAGGAAGAAGCUCAAGCUCCCUCGAAGCAGCCGGGGAAAAUCCCCAAGUCGAGGUCGCUGGAUCUCGCGUCUCUCAUGCUCGGCCUCCCAAUUCCGCACUCCAAGACAAAAGAGGAGGUGGGCGGGGAGGGGAGAGGAGGUGCCAAGUCUCCCCGUGGGGGAGGGGCGAAAUCGCCGCGAGGGGGCGGAGGGCAAAAGUCGCCGCGGGGGGGAGGAGGGGCGAAGUCUCCAAGAGGGGGAGGGGGGACUAAGUCGCCUCUCAUGGCGCCGUCGUCGCCGCUGCCUGAAACGGCCAAGAAGUUUCUGUCUGCUACGCUGGGGAAGAAGAAUAAGAUGAAGGAGAUUCAAGCCCUGGUAGCACUGCAGCACGCCAACCUAGCGGAGAUCCUGGGAUAUGCCCUGGAGAAAGACGACGUACAGAUCGCAUACGACCUCCCCCCCAACUCCGCUUCCCUUGAAAACUACCUCUUUCCAGAGGGCGUGGAUGGAGACUUCCUGCCUCUGAGAGUGCGAGUGAAGGUGGCGAUAGGUGUGGCCAAGGGGCUAGCCUACCUGCAUUCUAAGUCGGUGGUUCACGGCAACCUUAUGUGCUGCAACGUCAUGCUGGAUUCGAGCUACACGGCCCUGCUGACGGGCUAUGGGCUGGCGGCAAUACUGGCCAAAGGGUCGUCCAAGAAGACCCUCAAGGGAGCGGAGGGCAUGGGAAAGGACGCGUUUGACUUCGGAGUUGUACUCUUCUCUCUCCUCACGGGCCGGCAGGGCGCACACAGCACGGCGCAGCAGCACGGAGCAGAGGCCCUCUUUGACUGGGCCGAGCCCUACACUGACGACCUUGCCCGCAGCGCUGAGUGCGGCAGUGCCACGCGGCGCAUGGUGGUGCGCAUGCUUGAUGUGCUGGCUAAGGAGUGCAUGCAGGACGACCCGCGGUGCCGGCCCAGUAUGGAGGAUCUAGUGGUGAGGCUUUUCCGGCUGCAGGACUCCCUACAAGCGCAGUAA